UCCGCAACCAGUUUAAUCCACGAACUGAACAUGGGUUGUUCAGUGCUACUACUUCUUAUCUUGUCUCUCCUGGUUUUGCUCUUGAACCCAGCAUGUGUAUGUGGGAAUGCUGAGCUUAGAUCACUCAUGGACUUGAAAGCCACUAUGGAUCCAGAAGGCCAUUUUCUGUCCUCAUGGACUAUGAAUGGCAACCCAUGUGGUGGUUCCUUUGAAGGAGUGGCUUGCAAUGAAAAGGGUCAGGUUGCAAAUGUUUCUUUGCAGGGAAAAGGCCUCUCUGGGAAGCUAUCACCAGCCAUUGCUGGGCUUAAGCAUUUGACAGGACUCUACUUGCAUUACAACUCUUUGUAUGGAGAGAUACCAAGUGAAGUUGCUAACUUGACUCAGCUUAGUGAUUUGUACUUGAAUGUGAAUCAUUUGUCUGGUGAAAUCCCUCCUGAGAUUGGCAACAUGGAGAACCUUCAAGUUUUGCAGCUUUGUUAUAAUCAGUUAACAGGAAGCAUACCCACACAGGUUGGUGAUUUGAAAAAGCUUAGUGUUCUUGCUCUGCAGUCAAACCAAUUAACUGGAGCUAUCCCUGCUAGUCUAGGUGAUUUGGGAAUGUUGAUGAGGCUAGACUUGAGCUCUAAUCAUCUCUUUGGUUCCAUUCCCACUAAACUAGCUGAUGUUCCUUCACUGCAAGUGCUAGAUGUUCACAACAAUACUCUCUCUGGGAAUGUACCUCCUGCUUUGAAGAGACUAGAUGAUGGAUUUGUGUAUGAAUACAACUUGGGGUUAUGUGGAGUUGGGUUUUCAUCCUUGAAAGCUUGCAAUGCUUCAGCUCAAUUCAAUACCACCAGACCUGAUCCUUAUGGAGCCGGAGUUACUGGUCUGACAAGAAAUAUCCCAGAAACUGCAAAUGUGAGGUUGCUUUGCAAUGCAACUCAGUGCCAGAAUUCAUCAAAAUCCAGACAAGCAACAUCUAUUACAGUUGGCAUAGUUCUGGUUACAACCGUAUUGUCAGCAAUUGGUAUUCUAACCUUCAUCAUGUAUCGUCGACGGAAACAAAGGCUUGGAAAUGCUUUUGAUAUCUCUGAAAGCCGUCUGAGUACUGAUCAAGCCAAGGGCAUAUACAGGAAAAAUGGAUCUCCUUUGGCCAGUCUUGAGUACUCUAAUGGAUGGGACCCUUUGGCUGAUAGUAGGAAUUUCAAUGGGGAUAGACAAGAUGUGUUCCAGAGUUUCAGGUUCAACUUGGAAGAAGUGGAGUCAGCAACUCAGUAUUUCUCAGAGUUGAAUUUGUUGGGUAAGAGUAACUUUAGUGCAACAUAUAAAGGAGUUUUAAGAGACGGGUCUGUUGUUGCUGUUAAGAGCAUCAGUAAAACUAGUUGCAAAUCGGAUGAAGCUGAAUUUCUGAAGGGAUUGAACAUUUUAACCUCACUGAGGAACGAUAAUUUAGUGAGGUUGAGAGGAUUUUGCUGUUCAAGGGGACGAGGUGAAUGCUUCCUGAUUUAUGACUUUGUUUCCAAUGGAAAUCUAUCGCGCCACCUUGAUGUGAAGGAAGGUGAUGGAGAAGUCCUUGAAUGGUCAACAAGAGUUUCUAUUGUAAAAGGGAUUGCUAAAGGUAUUGCAUAUUUACAUGCAUACAAGGCAAACAAACUAGUCCUUGUUCACCAAAACAUCUCAGCUGAGAAAGUGCUCAUUGAUCAGUGGUACAACCCAUUGCUUUCAGAUUCUGGCCUGUACAAGCUUCUCACGAAUGAUAUUGUCUUCUCUGCACUAAAGGGUAGUGCAGCAAAGGGUUACCUGGCUCCAGAAUACACCACUACCGGCCGGUUCACUGAGAAAAGUGAUGUUUAUGCUUUUGGGGUACUUCUUUUCCAGAUCCUCACAGGGAAGCAUAAGGUCACUAACUCAAUGCGCCUUGCUGCAGAAUCCUUAAGAAUUCAAGAACUUAUUGAUCCAAAUCUCCAUGGCAGAGUUGUCGAAUACGAGGCAGCUAAACUUGCAAGAAUGGCUUUACUUUGCUCCCAUGAGUCUCCUUUUGAGAGGCCAACCAUGGAAGCCAUUGUUCAAGAACUGAGCAAUUGUAGUAGCUGUAUCUGAUUUGAAUUACUUAGUUUACUUUAACAAUCAUCACCACACCAGUUUUCUAUUGUUUGGCAAAAUGGCUGAUGAGAUGAUCACACAUGGUGGUGACCUUGUAAGGCUUGACGUUGUGCUGUGUCCUUAACUAAGGACUAGCUUUUCUGUGAAUCUCUUGGAAAAGUAGGUUGUAGCCUAGGAAGGGUAUUUAUUUGGGCAUUUCUUUUCUCUAGUCAUCUGUCAUUGUUGUUGGUUUUUUUACUUUAUUCUUUCUUUUGGGGUUGUAUGUCGAAAUGCCUCUUAUUUUCAAUCUCCCAUUUCCAACUAACCAUAAACCAAAAGUAAAAGCAAUGUCUCCAAUGGAAAUGCACGUCAUAAUUCAUAUUCUCUAGUCCUACAAUGCUUUUUGCACCUAUCUACACCGUCUUCCUUUAGA